AUUGAUUCAUAUCUUCUGUAGGACAUGGGCAAGGUUUCUCCAGCAUACAUCUUUGCAGCCUUUAUUCCUGCUGUGAUGAUUGCGGGGCUUUACUUUUUUGACCACAGUGUUGCUUCACAGAUGGCACAACAAAAGGAGUUCAAUCUUAAGAACCCCUCUGCAUAUCAUUACGAUAUCUUAUUGCUAGCUUUCAUGACUUUGCUUUGUGGAUUGCUUGGGUUACCUCCUUCGAAUGGUGUCCUUCCACAGUCCCCCAUGCACACUAAAAGCCUUGCUGUUCUCAAAAGGCAGUUGAUGCGAAGGAAGAUGGUGGAAAGCGCCAAGGAAAGCAUAAGGCAGAAUGCUAGCAACUCUGAAGUCUAUGGCAAGAUGCAAGCUGUGUUCAUAGAUAUGGACAACAGUCAAGUUAUACUUCCUCCGAUUACUUCAGUGGUUAAAGAGCUGGAAGACUUGAAGGAAGUGGUAAUGAAAGGUGAAAAUGCAAAGGAUACAUUUGAUCCCGAGAAGCACAUUGAUGCUCACCUGCCUGUCCGAGUUAAUGAGCAGAGAGUGAGUAAUCUCUUACAGUCACUCAUGGUGGCAGCAUCAAUUUUUGCUAUGCCUGCAAUAAAGAAGAUACCUACAUCAGUACUUUGGGGAUACUUUGCUUUCAUGGCCAUAGACAGUCUUCCUGGGAACCAGUUUUGGGAAAGGAUGCUCCUUCUUUUCAUAUCACCUGGACGGCGGUACAAGGUCUUGGAAGGAGUUCAUGCUUCCUUUGUGGAGUCAGUACCAUUUAAAUACAUAGCCACGUUUACAAUCUUCCAAUUCGUAUACUUCCUGGUCUGUUUCGGUAUAACAUGGAUUCCUAUAGCUGGAAUCUUGUUCCCUUUGCCAUUCUUCCUUCUCAUCAGUAUAAGGCAGCAUAUUCUCCCCAAGCUUUUUGCGAAGCAUCCUUUGCAGGAACUGGAUGCAGCUGAGUAUGAGGAAGUCACUGGUGCUCCAAGAGUUUCUAUCAGCCUAUCUUUCAAUGAAAGGGAUGCACCACAUAUUGGAAAUGGGGAUAGGGGAGUGGAAAUGUGUGAUGCUGAGAUAUUAGAUGAACUGACAACAAGCAGAGGGGAGUUGAAGGUUAGAACCGUUAGCUUCAGUGAGGAGAAACACGACCAGGUAAAUAUGAAUUGCUUUGCUUUCUCUCUCUUAUUAUAAUUAACGACAAGGUCCAAUAAAGCAAAACAGUGCAAAUAUUGGGUCAUACACAUUGAUGCACUUUCACUUAAGGCUAAUAUCCGAACAACUUUACCCUACUCCCCCUCCAUCCAAACUGGCCAAUAAGAAUUUAUUGUAAAUCAUGUUUUAAGUACUUAAUUGCGUAUGCAACCUUGUGCAUGAACACUAGAUACUGAUCACUGCUUUAUAUUGUGUUUUUUCAGGUUUAUCCAGAGGAUAAGCAAUUAGAGUGAAAUGUUGGUUGGAUUUCCAUGGAAAUUAGAAAAGCUGACAAUGACGAUAAUGAUUACUUUUAUCACAGAUUACACAGUUGUAGAAUGUCAUUAUUAAUUCCAGAUAGACGAGAGAGAGAGAGAUGCUGCUAAGUGAAGCAUUAUGUUGAAAUUACAUUGUUAGGAUUCAAUAAGGCAGUCUUUCCAUUUGUACAAUGAAAAAAUAGUAGGAAAAUGACCAAGUGGCCCAAGCAGAUUAUCAGCAACACAAAGCAAAGAUUUUCUGUUCAACUUUUUUUCGGAGUAUAGAAAAAUCCCAGGACAUAAAAACACGUACAACAAAUUUCAAAUGUGAUGCUCUAAUAUUUUUUUUA